GUUCACGAAAACUCUCAGUGAAGCAGUCGGCUGUCGAGCCUCUUCCCCGUCGACUCCCCGGUCAGAAACCCAUGCAUGACACUGAUAACAACAUCAUCCUGACUGAGUUCAUCACACUGACGGCCUCUCACGCCUUACCGCGGCUCCAGGAGGCUCAUCUCAGCUUCAACUUCUGCAAGAAACCGGACACCUGUUCACAAUACACUAUCACCGGCACCGUGUUCGGGACGGACGGCGAAAGUGCAUGGGCUCAGUAUCUCUGCAACAAAUUACCGUGUGAUCUGAGUCAUCGUGAAAACAUUGUUAUUGGCAACGGGAGAGAACUACCAAGCAACACAGUGGUGACUAAAGGGGGUCUUUGGGAACAGAUGUACGCCGACAUCGUCUGCUGGGGUGGACCUAUGGACCCGAAAACCGGAACGUUCAUUGGUCAUUUUCAGUUCAGCGCGUACGCGACCAUGGUCUAAAAAUACGACAACCAUUUCAGUUACCAUGGUUUCAGACGAUGUAAUCGAUAGUGGAUCACCUCUCGCCGGGGUCCGCCUGCAAUCGACAUAUUUGAAAAUAGAAUCGUCAAAAUCGUCACAGGAGGGCGCACUAAUAUGAUAAUCAUUCGUGCAUGCAGCGAUAGUCCAUUAUCGAUCUCAAACGUCUUGGACCUUGAGUUUGGAGAUAGAAAUCUUGUGGUUUUUUUUAAGUCUGUUAUAUCGCUAAACAUAGAUCCCUUAUGCAUAAUCAGAGUGGAAAAUUGCAGAGCAUAGAACAAAGUUUAAAUAAUUCACAAAAACAUUAAAAAAAUGUUUACUAUAUUGACGAUAGCCAAUAAAAGAUUUCAAGUGAUAAUUGCAUGCUCCAAUUUAACGACCUUUAAAAAACUCACAGAUUUUUUUUCAUGAUUUGGAAGAAAUUUCAUGGCCUUUGAAGCUUUCCUGUAUGGACCCUUUUUAUUACAUGUAUUAAAAUCAAUAAUCAUUAAGUAGGAAAGACUAAUAUGAUUUCUAAUGCUUACUUUAAUUUCAAGAUGAUGCUAAUUGAAAUGGACCUUUUGACAUAUGUCUUGAUAACUUUAUUUCAUGAUCUUGCUUUGCAUAUAACUGCACUUCGUCAUGGCUUCGCCUUGUUUCUUGUUGCUGCUCAACAAACGUUUCAGUGUUUAUUGCCAAAGUAAACGGACAUUCUCCGAACUCUGACAUCUCAUAUUACAAAAUUAGAAGAACAUAAACAAAAUAAUUGAUUUUGAGUCCUCCCCCCCCCCAAAAAAAAAGUGAGGCCUUCAAAACUCAAGAUGUUUUUGUUAGGACCAGGAUGCCUAUGGUACAAAAGUAACAUGUAGUUCAUGAUAAUAUGUUUUCAGAGUUUGGCAUUUUGUUUCAAUUGUAAAUCCAUGGAUGUUGGAAAACUCGAUAUAAUAGUGUUACGAACUGUAGACAAGAAUAUAGGCCUGCAUAUAUAAUAAUUGUGCCAUGCCAGAAACUGGUAAAACAUAAUAGUUCUUGACAAUAUAACAGUUGUCUGAUUUUCUCCAUUUAUUUGUUUUGCCAGCGUAGUAUAGUGUAUUACUUGUUCUAUUUUGAAAGCGCCUUACAUGUAUCGUUUACGCUGAGUCACGCAUGUGCCAACUCGGCCAUAUUAAAUCGAAAGUGACGCGAACUCGUUAUUUUUUGAACUUGUGAGUAGAAAUGAAAGCAACGAAAUAAAAGUAAAUCACAAAUUAACACCAGUCUGCUCUAAUGAAUAAUUAAAACGUGUGUGAUAAACACCCUAUUAAUGUUUUAAACCACAUCACUAAAAAAAAAAGCUU